AGUUCCCACGCACUCUCCUUCCCUGCGCCGUGCUGAGCUGGAAAAUGGCUGUGUAGGGCAACAGGGAGUUGUGAACGGGGAAAAGAAAGAAGGAUCGAGCGCAAAGAAGGCGAAGUAAGAAGUGGACAGAGGUUUUGUUCAAAGUUCCGCGCACUGCGAGAAGCUAUCGUCAGCAGAGAAGACAUCACACGGACUCUGUCCGCUACUUUGAAGUGUUAACGCGCCUCAGCCACAAGUAAGAAGGUUCAAGAAAUAUCCGCGGGUCGAUUGAAAUCCCUGUCCAGGGCACGUGAGAGCCUGAGAAAACCGAAGAGGAUUAAGUACCUUCCCACUCUACCACCUGUUCUCCAAUCAGACCACUGCAUUUGACCAUUGAGAGCCACCGACACAUGGCCCUCGACUGGCAAAGUCUUUUACUCGGCUGCUCCAAUAGCACCCAGCCAGCAGGUUUUGCUGUUUGAAAGAGCAUGUUGCCAACGCUCUCCCUUUGCUCCAUCAUCUGGCUCAGCCGGGGAAUCAAGCUGAGGAAAGUGCAGCAGUCCACCAACACCGGGCAGGUUUGAAACCGCUGCGAUCUGAAGUUGACCUAACAGCAGCAGAACACUAUCUUAUCAACUUUAGAAAUGCUUCUAAGCUUUGGGUGACUCCCCCCCUUCUCCCUUUGGCCCCCUGACCCCCCAUGCCACAGAACUAACACCAUCACCAGAAUUUAGUGACUCAACAGUCUUUGUAGUUUGUGUGGAGGAUUUUAGUGAAGCAGCAGCCUGUUGUUGCAGUGGCACUGCAGUGGGCUGCAACAUCUAAUCCUCUAUUCAGUGGCCAUUUUGAUUUUUGUCUCCCUAACAAAAUGGCGGCAGAAGGUUUCCAGUACCGUGCCCUGUAUGCAUUUACUAAGGACCAGGAAGAGGACUUGGAUCUGCAGCCCGGAGACCUGCUGACAGUUAGCAAGGCCUCUCUGCUGUCCAUGGAGAACUACCAGGAGGGCUGCGCGGAGCAGCCCAAGCGCCUCGGCUGGCUCCUCGGGUACAACGAGCGCACUAAGCAGAGAGGUGACUUCCCAGGGACUUACGUUGAGUACGUAGGCUCAGUCAAGAUGGCCCUGCCUUCAAGUCAACCCAGGUCCCAGCGACCCCUCCCUGCUGCUCCCAGACCAGACUCGUCUCAAGCUGUUUCUGUGCCGGACCUGAGCGAGCAGUUCACACCACCAGAGACAGCCCCCCCUGCCCUCGUCAGCCUGAUCCAAGCCAUAGAGAAGAGAGGUCUGGACUUCAAGACACUGUACAGGACAAAUAGCUCCUCAGUUUCUGACAGCACAGAGUGCGGCCUGAGCUCCGAAAGUGACAUGGGUCCGAAAGAUGUGGGUUACCUAUCUGAGUGUGUCUUGCACUACCUGGAAGACCUCCCGUCACCUGUCAUUCCAGCCCCUCUUUACCCCUACCUUCAGGCUGCUGUCACACUGCAGCAGCAGGUCCUACAGCAGUCAGCAGACGGUGCUGUAGCUGGUAGCCAUGACAGAGAGGUAAGCCAGGUCCUCGAGAGCUCCAAUGCCAUCCCUCUGCACCACCGUCUCACCCUGCAGUACCUCCUCACACACCUGGCCAAGGUCACCCAGGCGCAGGCCAACAACGGCCUGGACACGCACACGCUGGGAAAGAUCUUCGGACCGCUGCUGAUACGACCAGGCCAUUCCACCACUUGGCUGCCACUGGAUGAGGAGUUCCCUGCCCAUGUGGUGGAGAGGCUGUUGAUAGAGAGAACCACAGAGCAAGACCUCACUCCUCCAGUUCUUCCAGCAAAGCCAGUCAAGUCGAAGAUUUCACCAUCAGCCCUGACAGACACAUCCAGCCUGCUGAAUGAUGCUGAGUGGUACUGGGGAGAAAUCUCUAGAGAGGAGGUGAACGAGAAGCUGCGAGACACUCCAGAUGGCACCUUUCUGGUUCGGGAUGCUUCGAGUAAACUGGAGGGCGAGUACACGCUCACCCUCAGGAAAGGGGGGAACAACAAGCUCAUAAAGAUUUACCACCAAGACGGGAGGUAUGGCUUCUCAGAGCCUCUUACCUUCGUGUCUGUAGUAGAGCUCAUCAAUCACUACCGGCACGAAUCUCUGGCCCAGUACAAUGCCAAGCUGGACACCAAGCUUCUGUACCCUGUUUCCAAAUAUCAGCAGUUGGUGAAGGAGAACAGCAUAGAGGAGGUGGGCGAGCAGCUGAAGGUCUAUCAUGAACAGUACCAAGAGAAGAGCCGCGAGUACGACUCUUUAUAUGAAGAAUACACGCGCACCUCACAGGAGCUGCAGAUGAAGCGCACAGCCAUUGAGGCCUUCAAUGAGACCAUCAAGAUCUUUGAGGAGCAGUGUGAGACUCAGGAGCGCUACAGCAGAGAGUCUUUGGAGCGAUUCCAGCGCGAAGGCAACGAAAAGGAGGUUCAAAAGAUUCAGAGCAACUCUGAGCGAUUGAACUCUCGAGUGAAGGAGAUCCAUGACAGUAAGCGAAAGCUGGAGCAGGACCUGAGACAUCAGGUCUCUGACAACAGAGAGAUUGACAAGAAGAUGAACAGCCUCAAGCCAGAUCUCAUUCAGCUCCGCAAGAUCAGAAACCAGUAUUUAAUAUGGUUGACACAGAAGGGGACAAGGCAGAAGAAGAUCAAUGAAUGGCUGGGCAUAAAGAAUGAUGCUGAUGACUCCUACUCACUGGAGGAGGAUGAGGACUUACCCCACCAUGAUGAGUGCACCUGGUAUGUGGGUGAUGUCAAACGCACCCAGGCCGAGGAAAUGCUGAGAGGCAAAUGUGACGGAACCUUCCUCAUCCGAGAGAGCCAAUCACAGAAGGGCUCCUAUGCCUGUUCUGUAGUUGCUGAAGGUGACACCAAGCACUGCGUCAUCUACAAGACAACCACAGGCUAUGGAUUUGCUGAGCCCUACAAUCUGUACUCGUCCCUCAAAGACCUAGUGCUCCACUACAAAAACGUCUCUUUGGUCCAACACAAUGACCAGUUGAAUGUAAAUCUAGCCUACCCGGUGCUGGCCCGCUCUCAGAACCAGCACCCCAGAUGAAUUAUCCACCAGUAGUGUAGGAUGCCAUCCAGGGUGGAGAAACCAAAUUUUCACUCGUAUGCAUUGGGAAAAACAAACCUCUGAACAAUGCUUGCUCAUGUCUUUAAACUGGCAACUAAAAAAAAUCUUUACAUUUUUGGAUGGAGGCCGGUGCUAACUUCCCCCACUGACCCCAGUCCAGCGGAGAGCACUCUUUGCUAACAGCAUGGCUUUAAAACAAGCACACUGCUAGCACAGCUCAACACUGUACAGCUAGCCUGGCUGAUGCAGUGAGUUUUAACUUGAGGAGAGUGUCGCAUUAGCCAGCCAUGACUGUACAGUGUCAGGUAUGAAAAAAGUGUAAGAAAUUUACAAGAAAUCUUUGAUACAGAGGAAAAAAACAGGCUAAGUGUGUUAAAGGAAGGCAAAAUAAGCACACAAAAAUAUUAUUUUCAUUAUCAUGGAGAAGAAGUGGAGAGACCAGAUGGUGCGACAAUGGUAAAGAGUUACAGGAGGCACUUUUUUUUUUUUUUUAAUUGCCUUGAACUGAUGAGGACUGUCCUUAGACAAAGGCCCGAUCUGUCAUCCCCAGACUGCCUGCAAACUCUCCAUAGACAAAAGCCUGAGCUGUCAUCUGCUGAAAGGACUGGCUUGGCUGAACCAGGCUGCUCGUUUCACACCUGAAGGUGCAGAGAAGCCGAGGACCUGGGGUGGGGGUUGGGGGGUGGGGAUAGUCAAUGGAGCCUUGGGGUUUGAAGGGCUGUAAAAAGAUGGAUUGUUCAAGUGCCAUUGUAAUAGCUUUGAAUGACCACAAGCCUGUGUCACUACAGUAGAACAAGGGGGCACAUCGAGGUUGAAUGGAGGAAGAGAAGGAAGGAUGGAGUGAACAGCUGUCGACAUUGACAAAACUACAGCUUUAAAAAAAGGUAUUUUUUUAUGGAUUGAUCUUUAUGUCCACCUGCUUUGGCUUGUUGCUCUCUAUCAGUGGGCCUCCUGUUGAACUGACGAGGUACAGUAGAUACUGUGUUACAGGAUAGGAAUGCAUGGUACAUUUUUGGUAUAUUGUGAAUAGAGAAGUUAGUCACAAUACACUAGAUGGAGAGGUACACUGAUAAAUGCAGUUCAACAUGAUUCAGGUUUCCUUCUAAAUGGAAAUUGUGGAAAGACUCCUGCAUCAAACACGUCUCCUGUUUUCAUCCUCUUUAAUACUGUAGCACCUGUAGCCAUUGACUUAAGGCAUAACUGUUAGUGCUCCUUUUGCGUGUCUUCUUUUCUGUAUGCUAAAGACACUUGCAGAGCAUCAACCUAUGUGAUUAUUGUGUUUUCAGUACUGUAUUUACUUCAUCUCUAGCUAGAUUAGACUGUUGUAGCAGUACAGUGUCCUAGCAGAUGUUUAUUGUUGUUUUUUAAUGCAGAUUUACUUGUGGUACUUUCUUGCCACUUGCGCCUGACCGUUAAUUUCGUCAGACGCUUGACUCACAGAGCUGUAGAACACUGAUGUAAAAAAACAAAGAAUCAGUAAUAUAACUCAUGUACAGUAUAUUUCAGACACACAUGCAGUCAGUGUAUGUGACUUUAUACAGUUUCAUUGCAGCGCUUCUUUGUGUUUUCAGAAUAUAUGCUAUGCUCUUAGACUCUGUUUAAGGAUGCAAGUAUCCAAGCUAAUAUGAGCCAAAUGAAGGAAGUCAUUUCAUGUAGCGAGAACAAGAAAAAAGAACCAGUUUUUUUUUUUUGUUGCCAUUUAGCUAUUCAGCACAGCCUCCGUGGUCCAAGAGAUUAACCAGCACAACGUGCAUGGAGUCCUUCAUUUGGGUUGUUUCUUUAGUUUUCACUUGGCAGUUAUGCUUUUUUGUAGUGCAUAUAUAGUAUGACGUGUGGUAGUACUAUGCACAACACAGUCAUUUUAGAUUUACAGAUCAACUCCCUCCCGCUGUUCUGCACUGGGUCAGUGAAUUUUUCCCAUUUUCCUUAUAUUCAUUUGGCUUGAGGUAAAGACUGGACCAACUCUGCUCUGUGUCGCCUCCACAGCACAGUUCAUUUGUGUGGAGGUGUGUUGUUCAGUUAUUACUCUGUGGUCAGUGAAAAGAGGUUUAAUAUGAUGUUGCUUUUCAGACUGAUUUACACAGAUGAUUUUUUGAGAUGGAUGAAUAUUAAUAAUCUGUCAAGUAUCUUAUACAUAGACUGAUUGUUAGAGAGAAUUAUUUUUGUAGAAGAGUCAAAAGUCUUUGGAAAUAGAAAGCUUUUGAAAAAAAGGUGCACUGUUUUUAAAGUUUGGACCUCUGGAUUUAUUUUUAUUUUUGAUGCAAAGGGUUGGAAAUUUAGGUUUUUGUUCUUAGAUGAGUUAUUCACCUACAUGAAAUGGCCCUGGAAGCCAGUUAUGAGGUAAUGAUAUACAUUUCAUCUACAGACUUAAGCUUCCAACAAAUACAUAUUUUCUAGCCUAGUAUCACUUCUGGGUUUUGAAAUGUUAAAUUCAGGUAGCAACAUUUUCCCAAACAGACCAGUUCCAUUUUCAAAUGAACCAAACCCAAACGGAAAAGAUUAAGUCACGCCAUCAUAUUGAUUCCAGUCAGGAUGAAUCAGUUGUACUGCAUCGUGAGUUGUACCUGCUGUUCCUCGACAAGUUGAAAAUCCCAAGAUUUAAAGGGGAGGUGACAGCGGUGCUGCUGAUUUGAGGGCUGUAAAAUUGUGUGUGAGAAAGCAUAGAAGUGCCUUUAGUCGCCACUACAAGCUCAUUUUCUCCUUGUCAUCGUCAGAGCGCUGCUCUCCAAGACGCUGCCACCGCCACAUUUGCCAUUUGUCCAAAACAAAGAGGUGUCUGGCAGAUGAGUGUAGCUGUUGUGUGUGUGUGUGUGUGUGUGUUAUCUUGAGCAUAUUAUAGAUAAGAAGAUGGCAGAUUUUAGUUUUGUGUCUGUUGCUAGAUAUAGAAUUGUUACAUAUUCCUUCUUUCUAUGGUGGCGGCCGUACCAUGCCCGGUUUUUUUUUUUUUUUUUUUUUUUUUUUUUUCUGGUCAGGUUACUUUUUGAAUAAAACUAUGCUAUGAUAGAAAUGUAAACCGAACACAUCCAUGGCCCAGUCCAGUUGUUUGAAGCUCGUUGGAUAAGCUCUCAAGUUAAUGCAUGCAGUGUUUCUUGGUGUAUUAAGAGUCAUUUCCUUGUGGUUGAGUCAUCGGCCACCGCUGACACAUCCAUUCUCCAGUUCGUUGGACCAACACUUUUGUGAAUGCACUUUUUUUGUUCUACAGACUUGUACUAGUGUGUCUAAUGCCCAACAACCAUAAACUAACAUACAGUGGUGAAGCUCAGUUGUUGACAGUGUUUUUAGUUGAUAGGUUCAGAGUCUUUCUAUACAAUAUAUCAGGAGCGGUGUCAGGACACAGUGUACAGUAUAUGUGUUUGUUGUUUUUGUGUCCACAAUUGUCAUGUAACUGAUGCUUUUACACAAUUGCAAUGUUUUCAUCCUAGAGUUAGUUUUUCUAAAUGGACUGUAUGAACUCUGUAAUACUUUUCAAACCAACUUUAAGAAGAGCUGCUGGCUCAUUAUGCAAUUUGUGUGUAGACAGCAAAAUUGUCCAACUUAACAAGACAAGUAAUUUCCCUAAAGGAUCAGUUCACCCAAUUGCCAAUUACUCCUGGUGAUAUCCAAACAUGCAGCUCGUGUUUGCUUUCUGAGAGUUUUAGAGUGUGGAUACACAAACCAAGCCUGACGGGACCCAUCGGUACCCGAGGGUUCAGGCCGGGUUUGGGCACAUGGGUCAAACUUUAGGCUAGAUGGCUGGAGCACCCAUUGGAGUCGAACAGACGUAUGCAGCCCUAUUCAUGCUCUAUUUGAGAUAUCAGUCUUUAAAAUGUAUUUAUUUAAUUUAAUUUAUUAUUUUAUUUUAUUGUUUUGUAAUUAAUUAGUCCCAGUUAAUGUUAAGAUCAGUGGAUUAUCCAGAAUAACCAAAACGCUAAUUCGGGAAAGUAAUUUUUAAAUGCUUUUAGAAGCAUCAACAUAAUUUUGUUCACCUCCAUUGUCCUCAAGUGCCGAUAGAAAAGAGAUACUGUAUGUCAACAUCUCAUUACAUGGAAAUGAAACUAAAUGCAUAGCUGGAUGCCACCAGGAGAAAGUGACAGCCUUUUCUCGCUCUUCAAGAUAGUUUCAGUUUGCUUCCAUUUUGACAGUUUGUUCAGUGUUUCAAGAAAAAUCUAUAAAUGUUGCACUUGUUAAGAUGAGCAGUUCUGCAGUGUAGUUAAGCACUGACAUGUUAGACAUGUUAUCUGACAUGUUAAUCACAAGCGUUUAGUAGCUAGAAGCAAUGCCACUGCAGUUGCAAUGAAACCUGGUCACACAGUGAGACGGGCACGAGACUGACAGAAGGUGACUUUGUGUCUCUGAAACUCAAAGCUUUCAUCCUGCUCAUCUCUUAGAUAUGCAUUUGUGUCAGAGCUUCUUGAGAAACUUUUUUUCUAUAUAACAAAUGAUUAUUCAAGGAAUUAAAUAUUUUUUCAGCCGCUUUGGUGCACUGUAAAUGAUAUUUCUUGAAAUGGCCUCAUACACAAAGCACAUCUUUCACUGACUACAAAGAAACACAUAUAUGUCUAUUAAGAUUUGAAGAAUGAAUGACAUACUAGAGAAUAAAUAUUUUGAGAUAUAUAUACUGAGAUAUCUAUAUUUUUGGAUGAUGAAAUUCUGAUUUGGAUUGUGGUUGAAUCAAAUCACAAAGGGGCUUUGAUGUGAACAUGUUUUUAGGCUUGCUCCAUGGCUGCUUUGUACCCGAGCAGUUUAUCGAAAUGCAAGCAUUUGUACUAAUCGGCUGCAGAACAGAACUGUGUGGUUACAGUCAGUUGACCUCCAUGUAAUCGGUUCAAUUAUAAGGUGCGUUCAGAGGAUGAAGCAAGCUCAUGUACAUGUGUUAAUAUUUACAGAGCUGAGUCUAUGUUAAGUGCAGUCUUGACUGCUUUGCAUUUAUUAAAUAUUAGACUUUUGUUUUAGUCUUUCUUGAAGCUGGGAAUCUGUUCGGUCAGUUUGGAAGAUUCUGGUUUUUGUGAGUAGAGGCAGUGUUAAAAAGUGGCACCACAAAAGAAACACUUAGGAUGCAGGCCAAGGCGAUUGGCCCCAUAUUGGAACCUGAUGCUGUAACAAAGCAAACCAUCUUACCACUGUAUCUUCCUUUGGCUGAUCUCUUUGGUCGCUGAAUGGGGAAAGGAAGUAAAAACCUGACAAAGGUUCGUGAUUCAACUCUUCAUGAUCUUUGUACACAGAGCAGUGUUGGCAUUAGAAAGUGUUAUUUUUAUGGUGCCUGAAGUUUUUGUUUGUUUGUUUAUUUGUUUUUAAAAUGCUUUUUUAAAAAGCUAAUAGAUUUGUUUGUCAAUGUUUUUUGUUUGUUUGUUUGUUUGUUUGUUUGUAUUUGUUAAGGAUAAUGUUAUAGAGCCUAUAAAGAAAAAAAAUAAGCUAGCUUGAAUUUUUUUCCUCUAAAAAGAAAAAAAAAUACAAAUGUUUACAAUAUGUAAUUAACCAAAUAGUAAAUAAGCGUUUGAGAAUCAAUCUGUCUGUCCCUCAAAGUGGCUGUGAUAGAUUGAGUUAUAUUUCUUUAUUUUUUCCGUCAUUUUAAACUUGAAAAUGUCAUGACUGCCUGUUCUUUUUUUGUGGUUUGAUCUUUUAUUUUUUAAUUUUUACAUGCAAGAACAGUGCUCCCUCAAAUUUCAAACAUAACAAGAUGAAUUUGUCCAUAACACGCAGUCUUUGUCAUUCUUACCGGCUUCACCUUACACUGAGCCUUUUUUGUGCAGGACUGAAUCCUAACUUGAGACGCUGUUGCAUCUUUUGUUGUUUAUAUUAUUUACAGUAUAGUAGAUUUCAUUAUGACUUUGUUAAGUGUCUCUAUGGUAAGGAGAGAAUUGUUUAGAGGUGAUACCUACAUGUUGUGAAUAACAGCAAAAACAUGCCACUUGGUGCUUGUGUACAGUUUGGUACAUAAACAGAGUUGGAAAUUCAGGAAUAACUAUCAAGAAACAUCCCGUUGUUGAUUUUGCACUACACAGAAAAUGAUACACAAAUAAAAAGGUGAACCAGUUGCUCUAUAAGCUGAUUAACACAUUUUUAAGACCAAAAUGUAUCCAGUGUAGUUUCCGCUUGUGUGUGUGGUUUCCCCAUGAACUACGAUGAACAGCUGCACUUUCAUUUCCCCCCUUUUCUACCUUUAUCGUCUCACAUCAUCACUUCUCAGUCUGGACCUGAAAGUUUGCCCUUUGUUUGAAUAUUGUCAGUGUUGUGUAAUAUUUUUCACUGGUGUAUAGUAGUUCAUAUUCAAGACCCAACUCUACAUGUUGGAGGUGAGAUUAGCAGUGAUCCAUUUAGCAAUGAUUUGGGCAACUUUGGAGAGCAGCAACAAUUUAAAAACUAACUACAACAGCCAUUGCUCUACAGUGUUGCACAACAAGUUGUCUGACGUAUCGCUGCCAUGACAGCAGCAACAGAUAUAUUGUCUUAAGGCAUAGUUAAAGUUACAUUAUGUAACUUAAGGUAGCAAAAGCAUGAAACUCCAAAUCAGUCCACUCUGCUUGACCCAGCACUCCCUCUCCCUGCUCCACUAUGCUCUAUUGCGAUCUGCUACGCUCUGUCACGUUCUGCUCAACUCUUCAGAUAUUUGCCAUUAUGAAAUUUCAAUAAAUGAGAAUCCAACAACACUUACAGACCAAACAGAAAUAAUAGAAAAUCUCUGAUUGGUUAGAGAGGUCAAUCCCACUCAAAACCUUUUAGAAGCUAAUGUCUCU